AUGGCGAUUCCCUGGGGAACGAUAAAGUCCCUCCUCAUAUUCUUCGGCCCUAUGCUCUUACCCAAGGCCAUAAGCUACUACCGCUCCGUCCGCAAUGCGCCCCGCGCCGCCGGCGUCUCGAUACAGCCGGUGCCGCAACAAGCUCUACGCGCCAUCGCCGCGCUCAUCAUGGGCGGUCUCGUCUUGCUCUGCGGCGUCCUCCCCCUCUUCUCUCCCGAGAACAUCUUUGUGCGCACACAGUCGCGCCUACAGAUCCCAACCGAUGUACUCUUCAACCGACUCGCGUCUCUACGCCCCCUCUCCGUCGCCGACGACGCUUUGCGCACACGCUUCGUAAACCUCGAGUCUAGGUUGCUAUACCUACAAUUCGGCCCCGAGGUCCUAGCCACCUGUCCCUUCUGCACCUCCGACGACCCCCGCUCCUACUUCUACUACGCUCUUCCCGCGCUCCUCACACCACACCUCACCAACCUUGUUCUCGCCUCCCUCGCAACCUCUGAGCUUAUGUCUGGGUCCUACGGCCCCAAGUGGCGCGCCACUGCCGCCGUAGCUAGCGGUCUCGGCGCCGCUCUCGAUAUAUAUCUGGCCAACUCGUACAACUACCAAGCGAACGCGCGAGCUACACGCCUAACCGAUCUCGAUCCUUUCUUCUGGAACUCGCGCAUAGCACGACAACUCGGGCUCGCCUCUCUCGACUUCCUCCUGGCUUACUUGCUGUACCUCUCUAGCACUAAUCGAGCCUUUGUCGCCCCGCCGAGCGCCGCCGUGCGCGUGGAGGCCGUGACGCGGCAACUGCAGGGGACGAAGGGACGACUAAAUGCCAUAGGGAUAGUUAAGAACACGGCGAACCGGGAUGAGGAGCUACGGUCACGCAGCCAGGCGUACUGGCGGCACGAGGGUAUGCUGAUGCGGGAAGUUAUGGAGGAGCGCGAGGUAGUUGAGGGUGUGAAUGAUGCGCUACAGAAUCGUAUUGAUAUUGGCGACAUUAUGAGAGACGCUGAUGCCUACGCAUUAAACGUGCUGCCGAGGAUGGAGGAAGCGGUUACGCCGGAGACGAUUGUAGGAUAA